AUGUUGACAGGUCCCCGAGCACAGACCAACACGGCGACGGCGUUCAUUGACGGGAACUUCCUGUACGGUUCGAACGUGAGGCUCUCGGACGAGUUGCGCCUCUUGAAAGGAGGUUUGAUGAAGACUCUACACGCCUUCAGCGACUUGGGCCUCAAGGAGCUCAUGCCUCUAAAGCUGCAGUUUCCUGAUGACGGCUGCAUCCGCAGUAGCCCCGACAUCUUCUGCUUCCUUGCAGGUGACAACCGGGCCAACGAGAACAUGGCGCUGGCUGUGCUACAUACGAUGUUGGUGAGGGUUCACAACCAGAUCGCGUCAGAACUGAGCCAAAUUAACUCCUUGUGGGACGACGAGAAGCUCUACCAGGAGACGCGACACAUCGUAGCGGCGAUGGUGCAACACAUCACGUACACCGAGUUCCUUCCCAUGCUACUCGGCAAGGAAGCAAUGGAGAAGUACGACUUACUUCCUAAAUCUAAGGGCUACUGGGGAGGGUAUGACCCCAACGUGGAUGUCACAAUUCCUUCAGCAUUUAUGACGGCUGCCUUCAGGUUCGGCCAUUCGCUGCUGCCAAACGUGCUGGAGAGAUGGAGCCCUAACCAUGUCAGGAUAGGAGUCCAGAGGCUGAGCGAAGUGCUGAAGCGACCCUUCGACCUGUACAAGCCAGGAUGGUAUGACCAGUACGUCAUCGGACUCAUUAACCAGGUGGCUCAGGCUAUGGACGACGGGGUCACCCAAGAGGUGACGAACCAUUUGUUCCAGCAGCCCUCACACGGGUACGGUAUGGACCUGGCGUCUUUGAACCUACAGAGGGCCCGCGAACAUGGGGUGCCGGGGUACAACAGCUACCGCCAUCUGUGCGGGCUGCAGCCACUGCCUCGCUGGUCCCUCAUGCUACAGGCACUGCCCAAUGAAACAGUGCGCCGUUACCAGGACAUCUACGAUCACCCGGAUGACGUGGACCUAUGGUCAGCAGGAAUAUCGGAACGUCCCGUGCCAGGGAGCAUGGUGGGCCCAACCUUCAACUGUCUCAUUGCCCGCACCUUCCGAGACUUACGCCGUGGUGACCGUUUUUGGUAUGAGAACUCUGAUUGGCCCAGUUCUUUCACGCCCGAACAAUUGCAGGAGAUCAGAGAAGUGAGACUGUCCCGGUUGCUGUGCGACGCAAGCGACAACCUGGAGACCAUCCAAGUGUACGCGAUGGUGCUGCCAGAUUUCCAUACGAAUCCCCGCGUUGCAUGUAGGAGUCGUGUCUUGCAUAGGUUAGACCUCACGAAAUGGAGGGACACAUCUAGUCAACGCCCGUUGCCUCGAGUGCCUGUGACUGUGGAUGGAGAGGACGACAGCAAUUCCGUGGAGCCAUCUCUGACAGCAGAAGGAAGAUCUUCAAGGAUUCUAUUCCCAGACGAUCCGUUCCUUUCCGAUUUCUUCGAAAAAUAG